AUGCAGCAUAAUAUACGUCCGCCGAUUUCAAAGUGUCAGCUAAAGACAGUAAUAUUGCGAUGUUUUCACGAUCGUUGCGCCGUUCCACGAAUUGUCGACGACCCAGAAAGAAAGAUGCAUCCAGUAACCGAUGCCGGGUAUAGAUAUCGAUACCAUCGACCAGGUAUUGACCCUUUGCCUCGAUUACCAAACUGCAAGGUACCAGUACAUAAGCCUGAUUACAAAGUGCGCGAUUGCUGGACUACAGCACAAGCAAGGUUUGGUGAGAAUGACUAUAUCGAUUUAUUGGGUGACGGUAGCAUCCACCCCGCCCAGCUGCAAUACCACGUUCCAGCUUGGCUUCGUGGUUUUCCAGGUCAACAUCGAACUAACGAAUUGGUGAAAUUGAUUCACUUCCGGAAUUUGCAUAAGGAAAAAAUGCAAAUCAGUUCACCUCGACGGUGGUAUGAUCUGCAGAAAAGAAUCAAAUAUUUGCUUCAGAAACAUAAUUACUACAAGCAGGAUGAGUUGAGGGAUGAGCGUUAUUUUGGAUUAUGGGAGGAGAAACCGGAUUAUUUCUACAAGGACAAAUCUAGAAGGAGCUAUCAGGACCUUAUUUGA